AUGUCCACCUACGAAGUGGAACACAACACCACCGACCCCUCCACCACAACCCCCACCAACAACAAUAACACCAGCACAACCCCCUCCAACCCGCACCGCCACCGUCGUCCCGACCUCUCAACCUUCUUCUCCGCCCUCUCAGAAAUCACCCCGGACGAAGCGCGCCAUCGUCCCCAUGCCGUCCCCGUCCCCCGAGACGUCAGCGCCGCAUUCUAUUCCCUAGCGGAGGCAUUGGACGUGAUGCGCCGCGACGGCGGCGGCGGCGACAGCGGAGCAGCUAUCCCCAGCGCGAUCGGAGAAGUGGAAGGCGGCGACGAGAACGACCUCCUCACAACGAUGAUUCAGAGUCUGCUUAGCACGGCGGAAAUGCCUCCUAGGGAGGUGGAGGGCGCGAGUGAGGAGUUUUGUGAUAUGCUUGAUCGCGUCCCUCGCACGCAAUUAAACUCUUCCCAGGUCUGCCCGAUAUGCAAUAACCCGUUUCUGGAGGAUCAGUACCCGCUUGUGGUGCGGUUGCCGUGUCAUCCGACGCAUUUGUUUGAUUUGGAGUGUGUGAGGCCGUGGUUGAGGCUUAGGGGGACUUGUCCGCUUGAUCGGACGGAUUUCGCCAAGCAGGAGAGGGAGAAGGUCGAGGCGAGGAGGAAGUUGGCGGAGGAGGAUGAGGAGGAGGAGUGGGAUGGGAUGUAUGCUUGA